AUGGAGGAAGAAAUUCUCAGACAGAUCAUCGACGAAGGGCUUUUGGACGGAAUAGAUCUGCAAAGCUUGGAUCCGGCGCAGGAAGAUGAACUCAGCGAACGCAUUGCCGAAGCAUAUCGAAGGAGGCAUCUUCGCCAACCUAUUCCUCGUCACAAUGUGCGCGGUGACGGGGACAAUCGUUCUCGGGAUCCUAGAAGCCGUCAAUCCAGGUCAAAUAGCGUUGACGUGCGCCCUCCCGUCACUCGAUCACAUUUACUUGAAGCACCAUCUCAGAGAACCGAUCCCUCAAACCGCCAACAAAGGAGCUCCUCUGAUCAGGGUGUGAGGCGUCGAGCAACGUCACCAACACAUAGAACGGCUGCGUCUUCAUCGGACGCACUCAUUCAGCCGGCAGUGAGGUCGUCUAGUGAUUUAUCUGGUCCACGACGCCCUUCCCAGAAUAAUUCCACCUCAGAAUCGUUCCGCCACCGCACGGCAUCAUCUCUCUCGUCCUCUAGACGGAGCGGUGAAUUCGAACGCAGGACCGUCAUCAUCACGAAGCGAAACAGCCGCGAUGCAAUCAACGGGACAUUCAAUAUGAUGUCUACAAGACCUGCAAUCGAUGUAAUGAUGGCAAUUACAAUCUGUGUUUACCUUGCUAUCGAAUGGGCCGCGGAUGCCUUCACUGGUUUGGAUUUGGACACAGUGCCCAGGCCCGAUUUGAGAAGAAAUAUCCAGCAGGUAGUUCAGAUGUCCCAGAACCGCCGCACGUCUUACAAUCACGCAGCACAGAACCGGCCGAAUAGCUCCAGAAGACGAACAAAGGACGAUCCUGCAAAACGAUUGCAAAGAGGCAUGUUUUGUGAUAUGUGCCAAUCAUUUUCAGAUGACUGCUUUUGGACAUGCAGCGAAUGCAACGGCGGAGAAUGGGGUUUUUGCAAUAGUUGUGUCAACCAAGGCAAAUGCUGUACACAUGCUCUCCUACCAAUCGGUCGAGUGCCGCAGGGUGAUAUUGUCCCUGGUCAUCCAGCAAGCUCGUCUCCCGUCGUGACAUCCGAUUAUGUAUCAGCAAAUACCAUCAAGGUUGGUAGUGACUCCUACCGGCCACUUACCUUCUCCACAAAAUGCAAUAACUGCACGUAUCCAAUUCCACCAUCGACAAGCCGGUUCCACUGCCCAACAUGCAAUGACGGGGACUACGAUCUUUGCACAAACUGCUAUUUGAAACUCGGGGCGAACGGAAAAAUCAGUAAAGGCAAUGGACGAAACGGCUGGAGAAGGUGUCUACAGGGCCACCGAAUGAUAAUCGUCGGCUUUGAGGACCACCCAGAUGGUCAGAGACGAGCUAUAGUCAAGGAUGUCGUGGGAGGCCAUGCUUUGAAAGACGAUGUAGCUGUAGCUGUAGCUGCGGCGGCGGCGGCAACCCCCACAACAAGCGACAACGCAAGCACGACUCCCAAUUCCAACGGCGCCGUCCUGAUCCCCGUUCGCCGAGAUUCCGGAGACUGGACGUGGAAAGAGGAAAGCUCAGGCACCACCAGCAUCACCCACCGUCGACGCUUUCCGCGAACAAGAACGGCCUGGUCGAACUCAUCUCCAACCUCGCUGGCCGAUCCAUCCGCGAAUACUCCCUUUUCCUCCCAUUUCCCGCCAUCAGGUGGUGUUGGGCUGCGUCUCUUGGCUCGUUGGUCGUAUUACCCGGAGCCCGACGUGACGGAUGAAAUUAUGUUCCCAUGCGGUGCGGAGAUUACGGAGGCGGACAACAUCAAUGAUGACUGGAUGUGGGGAUGCUAUGCGGGGCAAAAAGGUCUGUUUCCCGGGUCAUAUGUGGUGGUUAUAGGGGAAGUAAGGUUGGAGUAG